AUGUCCGCACGUAACGGGUCUGCGAGUGAUGCAGACUGUCAGAUCUGUGAGGACCACGAUGUGGAGCUGAUGGAGCUGGGGCCGCUGCUGGAGGAAGGCGGAGCCAAGGGAGGGGCGACUGAGGUGCAGGACAGUGCUCAAAAACCCUUCAUAACAGCUGGUGUAUGUGGUGACAAAGGGGCGGGUAUUCUCGACGACGAGGAUAACGAUGAUGAAGUCGGGGAGGUGCUGACUCUACCGCUUCAGGCUCACCAUGCCAUGGAGAAGAUGGAGGAGUUUGUGCACAAGGUUUGGGAGGGGCGCUGGCGGGUCAUCCCUUUCCAUGUUCUCCCAGAGUGGCUGAAGGACAACGAUUACCUGCUGCACGGUCACAGGCCUCCCAUGCCCUCAUUCAGAGCCUGUUUCGGGAGCAUUUUUAGGAUCCACACAGAGACCGGAAACAUAUGGACUCAUCUGUUAGGUCUGAUCCUGUUCAUCUUCCUGGGCACGCUCACCAUGUUGCGGCCCAACAUGUACUUCAUGGCUCCGCUACAGGAAAAAGUGGUGUUUGGGAUGUUCUUCUUGGGCGCCGUGCUCUGCCUCAGCUUCUCCUGGCUGUUCCACACCGUCUACUGCCACUCAGAGAAGGUGUCGCGCACUUUCUCCAAACUAGACUACUCUGGCAUUGCCCUGCUCAUCAUGGGCUCCUUUGUGCCCUGGUUGUAUUACUCCUUCUACUGCUCGCCUCAGCCGCGCCUCAUCUACCUCACCGUCGUCUGUGUCCUCGGCAUCGCUGCCAUUGUCGUGGCGCAGUGGGAUCGCUUCUCCACACCACGCCACCGCCCCACCAGAGCAGGAGUGUUCAUGGGGCUGGGUCUCAGUGGGAUUGUACCCACGAUGCACUUCACUAUCGAGGAGGGGUUCGUAAAGGCGACCACAGUGGGACAGAUGGGCUGGUUCUACCUGAUGGGGGCCAUGUAUAUCACUGGAGCCGGUUUGUACGCCGCCAGGAUCCCGGAGCGGUUCUUCCCCGGGAAGUGUGACAUCUGGUUCCACUCGCAUCAGAUUUUCCACGUUCUGGUGGUGGCGGCGGCGUUCAUCCACUUCUACGGCGUCUCGAACCUUCAGGAGUUUCGUUACGGACUCGAGGGCGGAUGCACAGACGAUACUUUACUCUGA